AUGCCAAUCCCGACUAUGCCUCCAGGUUUCCGACAGUCAGUGAACAACGAAUCUGCAACGCGCAAUGAUUCCAAUGACCUGAACAUUGUCAGUGCGACGCCCUCAUAUGUGCAACCUACACUGCCGAAGUCGAAGGUGGAGAACAGCGUCAAGAAGAAGGGUUCAUUUUCCCAGUCGAUGAGGCGCGUUCUUUCUCAGCGUUCAGCCCAGAACACAAACCAAGACAUCGCCGCGACCCGACUGACCAUGAGUGAGAGAAUUCUUCCAACAACAGCGGGUGGUACGGACAAGCGGAGCAGCGUGCCACUGGACUCCUCUCACAAGAUCGCAGAGGCUAUGUAUAAUAAGGACAACAGGUCAUUCACAGAAGGUGGUAUUGACCAUUUCGACUGCUUUGUGCAACAACAUGGCAACCACAAUUCUCCCAAGAACAGCGACCCAGCCGAAGACACCAGUCCCAAGAAGAAGAGUACAGAUUUCGAGAAGAUGCUUUUAGACGACUCUGUGGCCGAUCUUCCCAUGUCUGGGCAGAUUCGACCUUCGGUCGAGACUGCCUACGGGCACGUGGAAACUGCGGGAGACGGACAUAGCAGCCACCGCAAGUCCUUUGCAUCCAAUAUCUUCCACGACGACAGAUCCUUGAGCCAAAGCAUUCGCGAGUACGUCACCAGCAAGAUUGCAGAAGUAUUGGCAGAACACGACCGCGCGCAUCGUAGCAACGUUGAUGCCAGAUCCAACCCGUCAGUACACAUCACGAUCAGGGUUGACGGGAUCGGUCUAUUGGAAGCGGAGAAGCCUACUAGGCCCAGUAUCAGCGAUAAGAAAGACGACAUGUCCGCCCAACCUAGCACGAUCGGGCCAGUCACUAUCACUAGUCCGCUGCUGGCAAGGAACGCCCAGAUGGUUGUCCUGACAUUGUACGCAGUGACUUUGCUCGGCGCAUCGCUUUUGGGUCCGAGGAGUCUGCUGAUCGUUAUCUGGAGGAUGGCGAUCGCACUUGGUAUGUACACUGCCGUGUUGCAACAGCUGAGUUGGACUAAGAACGUCGAGCGCGACGUAUUCUUGGCGCCCAUUUUCUUCUUUGCAAGCGUAGCGACCGGUAUGGGCGAGCAGCUAUUGAAUCAGGUGCGCGUGGUUAUAAUUGCCAUACUGGUCGAGAUUCUGGAUUGCGUUGUGAGGCGUGCUGAUGUCCGGAUGCAUACAAAGUAG